AUAUCCGGAGCCGGGGGAGGGAAGGAACAAGGAACAUAUUGUAAACUCUAUCCGAGAUGUGUGUGCCUUCUUUGGACGGUUUUUUGCCUCCGGUGCAGCUGCAAGGGCCGCCUCAAAUCUCGUCCACCCAGAGCCCUAUCGCCUAAUCAAGAGCCAGAUGCCACUGCCCGCGCCGCGGCCACUAGAAUCUCCCCCGCAAUCUAAAUUACUUAUACCACCGGCCUCCGCUUCCAUAAAUAAUAUUUCCAGCGCGAUCUCGCAAGGUCGUUCCGCCCCCCUUCCCUCCCUCCUCUCCUCCCUCGUCUCGUCCCCGUCGUUGUCUCUCCGCUAGCGCUGAAGGGGAAGGCGGCGGAGUAAGUAAGCAAGCAGCGGCGAUGGCGCAGGCGGUGGUGCCGGCGAUGCAGUGCCAGGUGGGCGUGCGGGGCAGGUCGGCCGUCCCGGCGAGGCAGCCCGCGGGCAGGGUGUGGGGCGUCAGGAGGACCGCCCGCGCCGCCUCCGGCUUCAAGGUGCUCGCCCUCGGCCCGGAGACCACCGGCGUCAUCCAGAGGAUGCAGCAGCUGCUCGACAUGGACACCACGCCCUUCACCGACAAGAUCAUCGCCGAGUACAUCUGGGUUGGAGGAUCUGGAAUUGACCUCAGAAGCAAAUCAAGGACGAUUUCGAAGCCAGUGGAGGACCCGUCAGAGCUACCGAAAUGGAACUACGAUGGAUCGAGCACAGGCCAGGCUCCUGGAGAAGACAGUGAAGUCAUCCUAUACCCACAGGCCAUAUUCAAGGACCCAUUCCGAGGAGGCAACAACAUACUGGUUAUCUGUGACACCUACACACCACAAGGGGAACCCAUCCCUACUAACAAACGACACAUGGCUGCACAAAUCUUCAGUGACCCCAAGGUCACUUCACAAGUGCCAUGGUUUGGAAUCGAACAGGAGUACACUCUGAUGCAGAGGGAUGUGAACUGGCCUCUUGGCUGGCCUGUUGGAGGGUACCCUGGCCCCCAGGGUCCAUACUACUGCGCCGUAGGAUCAGACAAGUCAUUUGGCCGUGACAUUUCAGAUGCUCACUACAAGGCAUGCCUUUACGCCGGAAUUGAAAUCAGUGGAACAAACGGGGAGGUCAUGCCUGGUCAGUGGGAGUACCAGGUUGGACCCAGCGUUGGUAUUGAUGCAGGAGAUCACAUAUGGGCUUCAAGAUACAUUCUCGAGAGAAUCACGGAGCAAGCUGGUGUCGUGCUCACCCUUGACCCAAAACCAAUCCAGGGUGACUGGAAUGGAGCUGGCUGCCACACAAAUUACAGCACAUUGAGCAUGCGUGAGGAUGGAGGUUUCGACGUGAUCAAGAAGGCAAUCCUGAACCUUUCACUCCGCCAUGACUUGCACAUAGCCGCAUAUGGUGAAGGAAACGAACGGAGGUUGACAGGGCUACAUGAGACAGCUAGCAUAUCAGACUUCUCAUGGGGUGUCGCGAAUCGUGGCUGCUCUAUUCGUGUGGGGCGAGAGACUGAGGCAAAGGGCAAAGGAUACCUGGAGGACCGUCGCCCGGCCUCGAACAUGGACCCAUACACCGUGACGGCGCUGCUGGCCGAGACCACGAUCCUGUGGGAGCCGACCCUCGAGGCAGAGGCCCUCGCUGCCAAGAAGCUGGCGCUGAAGGUAUGAAGGACCUGAAAAGGCCGAAUUCUUCCGGGGAAAAGAAAAUAAAUCGGCGAGACCGUUGGCCGUCCAUUCUUGUUGAUCCUGUGGUUCCGUCGGGGCACUGUCUGUACAAAAUCCUCACAGUUUGUAGAACCACUUCGCAUGUUUUUUCGCUUGAACUGAGUCCAUUUGAUCUGUUGGGUCUGUACACUGUACCUGAGUCCAUUCGGAGAACUACGUUAUUAAAAGGAUAAUGAAUCACACAAAGGAUUAUUUUUUCCUUUCAA